CCUCGGGCAGGCGGAACCUGCUCUCCUGGGCCCGGUGGCUGCGAAGAACUUUCUUCCUCCCGCCCUAACAGUCGCCGCGGCCAAGUGCCUCGCCCGCCCGGCCGCCAAGCCCGCCUCCGCUUCUUUUCCUGUCCGGCUCCGCGCCGCCCUGUCUCCUCUUGCCCGGCAGUAUCCGCUUGCCGCCGCCGCCGUCUGUACCCGGCCCGCCCGCUGCAGUGAUGUGCGACAAGGAGUUCAUGUGGGCCCUGAAGAACGGAGACCUGGAUGAGGUGAAAGACUAUGUGGCCAAGGUGAGCGCUCCAGAUAAGCAUCACAUUACCCCUCUUCUGUCUGCUGUCUACGAGGGCCACGUUUCUUGUGUGAAAUUGCUUCUGUCAAAGGGUGCUGAUAAGACUGUGAAAGGCCCAGACGGACUAACUGCUCUUGAAGCCACUGACAACCAGGCCAUCAAAGCGCUGCUCCAGUGAUGGGCGGUGGACUGCUGAUCCUGAAGGACGACUCUUCUGUGGCCUCACGCUGCUGCCUGUCUGUCUGUCACUCUCUAUCUGCCAGCUUCUUCAGCUAAAUACUUUAUGAGGGGUGAGGGGAGAGAGAAAUUUAUAAUCAGACUACCAGAACACAAAAGGUUUUGGAGGAGGGGAAAAAGUACAAUCAGGCUUUUACCAGGAUUCCUGAUCAAGUCUGCCUCUCUUCCAUCUCUACUAAAACCCACAGUUUAUACCCGAGGGAGAGCAAAGACAAAAUAGACCGUUCACAUUUGACCCUCCAGCUCCCUAGCUAAUUUAUGAACUAGAUUGUGUUAGAGGUCUGAUUCUACACGGGCCUCCGACACAUACUUGCAGCCCUAACUGCGAGCAGUAGCGGCUGCUGUGAGGUAAUCUUAGGGUGCUGAGAUAAGUGAUCCGCUCUAGCCUUCUGCCUUAAGAGUGCGCUCUCCUGGGGGCUCCUGGCACAGUGACGAGCGAGCGCUGCCUGUGGCUGGUGACCAAACCUUUCCUCAGUGACUUUAAGCUCAGUCACAGCGAGGAGGGCACACCCGACAUUGCUGGAUGACUCGACUUUGGAUUUCCUCUCCCCUUUCACGUGUAUCUCCUGUCUUUAGAUAAAACUGACUAGUUUUAUUUAUAAAAUCUGUAAAUUUGGGAAGUCUAAAGGAGAAAUCAUUCCAGUAUGCAUAGUUUUUUCUCCUCUAGGUUCAAACAUUUAUAUGCAUCGAAACACUUUCAAAUUCCUGCUGGUAGUAAAAGGGGAUUUAAAAAUAGAACCAUAGCCAUGAGCCUGUUAGUAUCCUACAAAAAGAGAACAGUUGUCUUAGUACCUAUGGAUUUUCUUCACUUGCUGUUUGAACAGAUUGAACUCACUUGUGUUUGGAGAAUCAAGGAAUGUUGUUUGGAAUGCCUUUCUCAGACCCAGCUUGGAUGCUGAUUACUUGUUGCCCCAAAGCUAUCAGUGGGGUGAGAUUUACUAUUUGGACAAAUUUAACCCCAUCCCCUCAAAAAUAAUGCUUGUUACCAGGUUUCCCUGAGUGCUUGAUGGGUUUCUCUCAACAUACGCUAGCCAACCUCCAUGGUGUGUUCUUGUUACUUUUAAAAAUCAUGUGUUGCAUAAAGUGUGACACCUCAAAUUGUAUUCUGCGAUCUUAGAAUACAGUGCCCCAAAAUGGUGUUCCUGUGACCUGCAGGAAGUAUUUGGACACUUUUCCACAUGUUUAUUUCACAAGCAGUACAACUAAUUAAAACACAUAGUUCUAGAUUCUUUUGACUUGCCAUCUAUAUACAAAUACUUAAAAAAUUAGGGUUUUCCUUAGCCAAGUCAUGCAAUAAUUGAAUGUACCUCAAGUUUUUGAAAAGGGGAGGGGGUGGGAUAGGGACUUGUAUUCAGAUUGGGGAUAGUAAAGAAUUAGUGGUGAUUUUUUUUGGCAACGUAGCAUUCUACAGCAUGGUUAAAUGAUUAUCAAGAACAGUCAACCUGACUAAUCACAAUUCUUACUGAUUAGUUGCUGAUUGGUUGGUUGGUGUGUGAGUUUGUGUGUGUGUGUGUUUGUAUUUUUCCCCAGGAACCUUUUUUUUAUCCUUUGGCUUUUUCACUCGCAACUAGCCUAACCUUCUAAUUUUCCUAAGUCCAAGGAAACAAUCACAAAAUAGCGAUUUAAAUGCAUUCAUAUGUUUGGCUAAUUCUCCUGUCUAGUGGAGCCGAUUAGAGUUGGAUUAAAGGGCAGUACUUAGUACUUCAUUACAUGACAAACCACCCCAUAGACAGCUGAGGGCACUCUGUCCGUCUAGAAUACCAACGCAGUGCAGUGGGGUUUUGGCAUUGUUUACACCUUGUGGCAUAAUGCAGUUUAAACGGCUUACGUUUAUUAUCCUUUACACCACCUCCACCUUUCCUUUCGUGGUGUUGUGUUGUCAUUGGCUAUUGCAGAGAGUGCAUCGUCCUGGCAUGGCUGAACCUGGUGUGCUUCCUGCCACGCUGGUGGGAUGGGAGCCACGGGCUCUUUGUACAGUUAUCCUGAUGUUCCUUGUGAUGCAGUAGAGGCUGUUCCGCUUUCCCUCUUCUUUCUCAGCCAUAAUUAUGAAGCCUUGCUUGAGAAAAUAACAUAGAAACAUAGAAUAGACUGACCAACAUGGUUUACAGUUUUCUUUCUUUUUUUUAAACUAGGUUAUUUAUAAUGUAUUUCUGAACCACUUGGCAGAGAAAUUCACAACACUUACUGUUCAUAUUUUGAGUAAAGGAAGCUAAAACCGUGUCUGCUUUUCGGUACUACAUGCGUUAUUAGCAAAGGGUCAGGUAGUUUUGUUCUCCACUGAAGUAAUAUCUAACAUCUCAGAAAAUUCUUGCAUGUUCUGUAGUUUUGUAUUAACUCAGUCAUUUCGUAUGCAUUAAUUCUAUCAAGUACAAACAGGUGGGUGACUGCUCAUGUUCGUGGCCUCGCACAUCCACCCCUUGCAGCUUCAGAACAGUCUCUGUGGGCUUGGAGGGCAGAUGCAGCACCUGAAUAUUCCCAGGUAGUUCUUGUAUGCACGGCAUGCCUAUCUGAACCCAGUUGGCACAGAGGAGGGAGGGAGGGGCAGCGCUUGGAAGCUGCAAACAAGUAGGCCCUUCAUUCGUGGCUCCCCAAAUAGUGGGUUUUAAAGCUACAUCUACCUAUUUGAUUUUUGUUUUCUUAAUUACAACUGAAAUUUCAACUGAGCUGCUGUUUUCUUCCAUGCACUAUCGUGUACUCAGUUGUGUAGAGAAGAAGCUGGUGAGAGUGCCCUCCUACAUAAGCAAUUGCCGUGUUUUGCAUGCAGAAUUUAAAAACUUUAAAUUGUCCUGAUUCUAUUUUGUAAAUGGAGAAACAGUCAUAUCUUUCUAAGCAGUGAAGGAAGGAGACUAGUAGUGCUUUGUGCAUUUUGAUAUAUUUGAGUUCGUUCUUUCCACAAUGUAAUACUUUUGACACAGUUGGGUUUCUCAUAUUAUCCUAGUUCAUGUACAUCCGAAUGCUAAAUAAUACCGUGUUUAAGUUUUGUGUUGCAAGAACCAACGGAAUAAACUUGAAUUGUGCUACA